AUGGAUGAGUACUUUGCCCCCAUCCACACGUAUCAAGUGUGUAAUGUGAUGAGUCCCAGUCAGAACAACUGGCUGAGGACCGGCUGGAUCCUGAGAGAAGGAGCCAGAAGGAUCUACAUCGAGGUCAAGUUCACGCUGAGAGACUGCAACAGUAUGCCAGGAGUCCUGGGCACCUGCAAGGAGACCUUUAACCUGUACUACCUGGAGUCGGACCGAGCCGUGGGAUCCUCCAUCAGAGAAAACCAGUUCACCAAGAUCGACACCAUCGCUGCAGACGAGAGCUUCACUGGUGUGGACCUGGGAGUGCGGAGGCUCAAACUCAACAAAGAGCAGCAACACCGCGGGUUCCUUCCCCACGUCCUCCUCCUCCCACAGCACUGCAAAAACUAA